AAAAACGAGAACAAAAUGGAAUAUUGGGCCGCCAGAGCGAAAAGGGAAUUUGGGCCAAAACCAUGGGCCAGGGUGGAAACUAUAGGGGAGGUCAGCGGAUCAGCGGCGGCAACCUGCCCAGCACCACCACGACAGCGAAAGCAGGCAGUACGGAACGGCGGCGGAGGGGAAAGGUGGAGGAGGAGGAGAAAGGCGGUUGCUUUCGCUGUCACCCCACCACUGGCGGCACUGACGGCGGCAGGCGAGAAAGUUGUGGUGACACUCAAAAGUCACACUCAGCCAGGCAUGGCAGACAUCUCAGAUGUGUGGCCUAAUGAUGCCCAUGGAAGUGCUGCAGUUCACUGUGAGCCUUCGUCUAAUGAGAAUGUGUCGUUCCUCGAUGACAUAGACUCGUUCUGGGAAGAUGUCAAUGCCAGGUUUCAUGUUUCAAGGUUUGUGACUGACACAGUCAUGAAGGGGAUUUUAACUGAUGUGCAUGAAGAAGCAGCUCGGCAGAUUGCUUCUAAGGAUGAAGAGAUAGCAUCACUGAACCAAAAGCUUCAGCAGGUCGAAGAUAGCAGCUUAAUUUCACAUGAGGGCAGGGAUAAAAGAUAUGAUGAAUUUUAUUAUCUCCGUGAGCAACUUGAUACCAUUUCAAAGUCACUAUUGAGUUCUGAAUGGGGGUUUUUGGGAUCACAGCUUAACUCAGAAGAUUCAGAAGAUGCUAGCAAGCAGAGGAGUGAGGAAAAAUCUAGAAAUGGUGUGGCAAAGAAAAUAUGUUCUGAAGAAGAGGUUUUUGCUGAUCCAAAACUGCUGAAGCACAUGAACACUGAUGCUUUGAUAUCCUAUUUUACUAAAUCGAUGAAUGAGAUGAAAAGGCAGCAUGAUUCAACUGUGCAUGAGCAGACAGAGCAGAUAUUCAAACUAAAGCGCGAGCUCCUAAAAAGGGAAGGACCUAAUCCUUGGCAUUUACGGAACAACAAAGAACUUGACCACAUGAGGAAGGAAAUUGGGGAAGUCCUGUCGAAGUUGGAUGUGCUCCUCUUGGAGAAUAAAAGAACCUUUGUUCGCAGCAAGGCAGACACAUUUCCUGGUCAACAUGACAAGAGCAAUGUAGUAGAUUCCGAUGUCAUGCAGCUACAAGGUGGUGCAACUAAUAACGAAGAACGUUGGUCUCUUCCAACUCAGGCUCCGCAUUUUGCAUCUUUAGAGGCAGAUCAUAAAAAGCAUAUUAUAAGGCUCGAAUCUGACAUUGAAGAUGCCAGUACUGCAGCCACCAUUAGAGAAGAGGUAGAAAAGAUUGUCAUGAAAGAGUUCUUUAGUGAAAUGAAAAUAAGAUUGCAUGGUUAUGAGAUGGAGCUUGAUAUGAAGCACGACAUUUGCUCAAUAAUUCAGAAUGAGGCUGUUGCCCAAGCAAUGCUUGAUUCUUUGUUGUUGAAGUGCAAGGAGAAAAAGGAUUGUGCUGAAGAGGAAUCUAAAGAGAAGCAAAAGAUUGAGAAAUUGAAACGAAUUGUGGAUUCUUUCACUGAAAUAGUGAGGGAAAAGGAAGAAUUUGUGUCGCAGAUCGGAUUGAUGGCAAUGGAGGCUCGUGUGGGCUCUCUGUGCCGUGAAAUUGAUUUGCUAAGAGACAAAGUGGAAAAGCAAGAUUCCUACAUAUCUGAAAAGAACAGGGAGUUUGAUAUCAUUGUGGAAAGGUUGGAGCAAGCUCGGCACCAUGUUCAGAACAAUGAUGCCACUUUGGGUGACUUGAAUGAUAGAUUUAGAACUGUUUCAGCCUCUCUAAAGGAAUUGGAGAAACAAAAUCAAGUUCUACAUAGUAUCAUUGAAGAAAAAGAGAAGAGAUUAACAUCUGCUGUUUCCAAAGACAAGGAAUUGAAAGAAUUCAUGGAAAGUAUUGUUAAAUCUGUGAGAGAUUUGGAAAACUUCAUGAUGGAUCAACAAACUAUUGUUGCAAAUAAAGUCCAGCACAAUGAAUCAAGGUUCCGUGUAUUAAAAGAACAAUGUAAAUGCCUUGUAAAAGAAGGCAAUCUUUUAAGGAAGAAGGCACUGCGCUACAAAGAGAUAUCUGAGACAAGAGGCUCUAAUCUUCAGAAAGCUGAGCUCGAGGUGGAUUUACUUGGUGAUGAGGUUGAGGCCUUAUCAGAUCUUCUUGCAAAAAUCUAUAUCGCACUCGAUCAUUAUUCUCCAGUCCUGCAACACUAUACUGGCGUUAUGGAGACCUUGACCAUGAUUAAGAAACAUAUUAGCAUGGCAAAGUGAAAUGCUUCUUCCUGUUAACACCAGGUGGUCAAUGUUAACAAUCAUAACCGUGGUAUCAUUGGCUUGACAUCAUACUUAACCGUGGUAUCCGUGGCUUGGCAUUUACUUCCAGUGGUUUGAGAGAACUUUUUGUAGAAGGUUGCUAGCUUUUGUUUCCAAAUUCCAACUCUAAGAAUUAGGUGAUGCAGAGUGGCUUGUUCCCUUUUGCAGGCAAGUAGUCUUGAUAGCCUUUGACUACUUUGUAAAUGACCCAACCGUAGCUAUUAGGUCGAGAAAAUAGCUAUUAGUUGUGUUUGGCUUUUGGCGCCAUGUAUUUUGUCACCUGCUUUGCUUGGUUGCAAAGGUGAACUCAUGUAACAGUGACCGACUUGAAUGAGCAAGAGCUGUAACUGUAAUGGAUUCUAUGUUUGAAGGAUGAGUUUCAGAUGAUUUUACGUUGGUA